AUGCCUCCCUUCCGAGAUGACCAGAUCCUCAUCAUCUCUCCCGGCUCACAAACGACCCUCGCGCAACUGGGUCUGCCGGAGUCUUUCACGCCCGCGCGGUACCGUUUGCGGUCGCGCAUGUUCGCGGCUGAGAAGAGGGGAGAAUAUGAAGCUGUGAAGAUCCGGAGAAAGGAGAAGAGCAAGGAGUCGAAGCCGGAGACUGAUGGAGAGGGAACGGAUGGUGUAGAGCAGAGUGAGCAGAAGCAGGAGGACGAUGAGAAUGAGUGGGAAGAGGACCGCGUAUCAGAAGAAGGCGCAAUAUGGCCCAUGCAAAGUGGUCGCAUCGCGGACUGGCCCUGCUUCUACGCCCUCAUGGAACACGUCUACAACACCGUCAACCCGCCCUUCCACACGCCGGUCUUGCUCAUAGCACAACCUGUGUGGACGCUUAAAGACCACGAACGUGUCACACAGUUCUUCUUCGAGAAGUUCAAGGUGCCCGCAUUUGGAUUGAUGGACUCUGCUAUGGCGACCUCGUACGCUUACGGCCUGUCGAACGCAACGGUGGUGGAUGUUGGGUAUCAGAAGGCGGACAUCACGUGUAUCAGCGAAUUCAUGUUGCAGAAUGUCGGCCGGGGUCUUGCGGUGCCGGACUGUGGUGGCGAGGCGAUGACGCAGCGUCUUGUGCAGCUGUUGAGUGGCAGGAAAGGGUUCUCGAGGGAUGUGUGCGAGCAGCUGAAGAAGAGUCCGGUGUGUGAGAUCUUGCCGCCCGAUGUGGAGAUGCCUGGGGACGAACCGGCGAGUGCUGGCGGUGCAGACAACCCUGCUGCAGCUGCUUCAACAGGGGCAGAUGGAGCAGUGCCGGGACAGCGGAAAGGCUCUGGGUUGGACCUGCCGCGAGGACCGGGGCCAAACACCGAGGUGGGCGAGGAGAAGAAGUUGGAGGACGAUGAAGGCGUGCUCGAUAUCGCAAGUAUCGUGACUGGUGGCAACAUGAGCGAGUACCUGGCGCAAAAGGAGCGGGAGAAGCAGGAGAAGGCAGUUGCAAAGCAGCAGCAGAAGAAGGGCAGUGAUGCACAGCAACAAGCGGCUGCGCGACCACCACGGUUACCCAAUCAUAAGCGCACACGGAACACGUUCAUUUAUGAGGACUUUGCGCUCCACGAUGCCAUGAAAAAGGCUGGUGUGACAAGUCAAGGCAUGACCGAGAUGCAAUCCGCGCUUGGAGACGGCCCGAACAAACGACAGAAGACGCCCGAACCACAAUCGGCUGUUUCAGAGAAGCCUGCUGAUGAUGCUUUCGAUGGUGUCGUUGACAAGGGCCCAUCGGGAGGGUUUCGCAGAGAGAUCGAGGUCGGCACUGAGCGUUUCAAGGCGGCGGAUGGCGGCAUCCUCGACAGGCUUGCAGAUGCCAUCCACCGCACCAUCCAAGCUUGCGGAGACGUCAACAAGAGAGGCGAUCUCUGGGACAGCCUGAUUAUCCUCGGCAACGGCUCGAGAGUGAGAGGCUUCCAAGAAGCUCUGCUCGACACGCUGAACAAGAAGUACAUCAUCUCGCCAUCGUCCGCCACAAUCUUCACCUCCGAGCUACCAUCGAAUCUCAGCACACCCAUGGCCACUGGUGCCAACACGCCUCAGCCGCAGAUGCCUGGACAACAACAAUCUCACCAUGGUGGGGUCAACCCUCUUCUUCUCGCUGCAACCACAGCGCAGAACCCACAACUUCAUCCCUCAGGCUCGGUCAUGGGGCAGUCCACGCACGGUCAGCACAUGCAUUCCAGCCACGCGCAAACACCGACCAGCAUCAAACUAGCAAAGAUACCAGAGUACUUCCCGGAAUGGAAGGAAGUAGGCUAUGAUGAAGCGAGCUUUCUGGGCGCACAGGUGGCAGCGAAGGUGUUGUUCAUUGUGGAUGGAGGGCAGAGUAACGGGUAUAUGACAAGGACGGGCUAUAAUGAGCAAGGGCCGAAUGGCAUUCAUGAGUGUAUGCUGUAG